AUGACUCCAGUUCAAGUAGCUUCUAGACCCGAUAUUAGUGCCCCUCAAUUAUCACCAGAUGCAGCAGCAGGAAUAACAACAACAGCCGAAGCUAAAAAUGCCACCAUGCAACAACCAUUAUUAGCAGGUGAACAUACCUUACCUGCAAGUUGGUGGUUUAAUGAAAACAUAUUCAAUUUAGAAAAAAGGGCCAUUUUCCACAAAUCUUGGUUAUUCUGUACCCAUGCUUCAAGAUUCACCAAACCAGGUGACUACUAUUCAUUUCAAGUGACCGGGAUCAAAUUCUUUAUCAUCAAGUCAAGAAGUGGGGGUGGUGAAUUGAAAGCGUUCCACAAUGUUUGCCGUCAUCGUGCGUUCCCCGUGGUGCAAAAAUCUUCAGGUUCAAGCACGGUCUUGACUUGCAAGUACCAUGGCUGGAACUAUAAUUCCGAUGGUAAAUUAAGCAAUGCGCCUAAAUUUGAUAACAAAGUUGAGGGUUUUGAAAAGAGUGAGAAUUCAUUGUAUCCCAUCAACAUCCACGUUACCCCUCAAGGUUUAGUCUUUGUUAAUUUCAGUAUUAAUCCAGUUCCCUUUGAUGAGUGGUUUGGUGGUUUGACUGAUGAAUUGCACGAAUUUGAUUUCGGUGAUUAUGAGUAUCACAUGAGUUAUGAAUUACACGGUGAUUUCAACUGGAAGACCUUGAUGGAUGGAUACCAGGAGUGUUAUCAUUGUCCUAUUGCUCAUCCAGGGUUGAAUUCGGCAUUCAAAAUGGAGACGUACAAGGUUGUGCCUAAGAAUAGAUAUUGUCGUCAUUAUGCAACUAUAGUUAGGGAAGAACCCAAGAAGGAAAGAGUAGUUGAGAAACAAGAGGAAAGUUCUUCUUCAUCAUGGUUUGGCUUUGGUAAGAAAUCAUCUCCACCAAAGGCAACAACUGCUACUGCUGUACCACCACCAUCACAAACGACAAACUCAAGCAAAACCAAUCGUGGUGGUGAGUUUGAUGGUUUAUGGGUCUACUUGUUCCCCAAUAACGGUGUCAACUGCUACUCCCCCGCCUGGUACUCGAUUCGAGUCUUGCCAUUAAGCGCCACAAAGACAACAUUGCAAUACGACAUCUACACUAAAAAGGGUAUUGACGAAGCCACAAAGACUGAAUUUGUUGAUUUCUUGCAACAGGUUGAAAUCGAAGAUUUUGAUCUUUGUCAAUUGACGCAACAGAAUUUAAAUGAAGGCAUUUAUAGUUCGGGAUAUUUACACCCUACUAAGGAGAAUGGUGUAUUGUAUUAUCAAUCCUUGGUGCGUGAUGCAAUAAAAGAACAUCUUGAAUUGGAAAAAGCCAAUGGCGGUAAACAUAUUGAUCCGGCUGCUGUUGCUGGACAGAAAAAGAACAAAGAUCUUGAAGAGUUGGAGGGGAUUUGCCAAUCACUUGAAUGUGCUAGUGGUCAACAAAAUGACGAAUUGAAUUGGUGA